AUGAAUUGCAUAAAAUUCUAUCUAACAUCAUUUGUAAUUAUUGUAAUUUCUAUUGUAUUGAUCAAUUGUAAUCGAAUGAUACAUGAAUAUGAUGAACCCCUAAUGGAUUCAACUAAUUCAGAUUACACGAGAGACAUUCCCAGUGGAGAAUUAUGGUUUAAACGCGUACAUGAACAUAGAUUUAAAAAGGAUAGAUUACCAAUAUCAGUUAAACGUCCACAGAAAUCAGUCAAUUAUUAUUAUGAUCUUUAUCGACAAUCAAUGUUACCGACAAAUGAAUUUCUUGGUUAA